GGGACCCUCCCCAAGCCCACCCUGUGGGCUGAGCCAGGCUCUGUGGUCGCCCGGGGAAGGCCAGUGACCAUCUGGUGUGAGGGGCCCCUGGAGGCCCAGGAGUACUAUCUGCAUAAAGAAGGACAUGCACAGCCUUCCAGAGAGUCUCCGCUGGAGCCAGAGAACAAGGCCAGGUUCCCCAUCCCGUCCAUGACCGAGUAUCACGCAGGGAGAUACCAAUGCUACUAUCACAGCCCUGCUGGGUGGUCAGAGCGAAGUGACCCCCUGGAGCUGGUGGUGACAGGAUUCUACAGCAAACCCUGGUUCUCAGCCCUGCCCAGCCCUGUGGUGACCUCAGGAGGGAACGUGACCCUCCAGUGUGGCUCAGGGCAGGGAUAUGACAAGUUUGUUCUCACCAAGGAAGGAGGACACCACCUCACCUGGACCCUGGACGCACAGCGACAACCCAGUGGGCAGGUCCAGGCCCUGCUUCCCAUGGACCUGGUGACCUCUGGUCAGAGGUGGACAUUCACAUGCUACGGCUAUUACAGGAGAACCCCCCAGCUGUGGUCAGUUCCUAGCGACCCCCUGGAGCUCCAGCUGUCAGGGGUGUCCAGGAAGCCCUCCCUCCUGACCCAGCAGGGCCCUGUCCUGGCCCCUGGAGAGAACCUGGCCCUCCAGUGUCACUCAGACGUCACCUAUGACAGAUUCACUCUGUCCAAGGAGGGGGCACAGGACCUCCCCCAGCGCCCUGCCCAGCAGCCCCAGGCUGGGCUCUCUCAGGCCGACUUCCUGCUGGGCCCUGUGAGCAGCUCCCACGGGGGUCAGUACAGGUGCUAUGGUGGACACAGCCUCUCCUCUGAGUGGUCAGCCCCCAGUGGCCCCCUGGACAUCCUGGUCUCAGGACAGCUCCCUGUCACACCCUCCCUCUCAGUGCAGCCUGGUCCCACAGUGUCCUCAGGGGAGAACGUGACCCUGCUGUGUCAGUCACAGAUCAAGAUGGACACUCUCCUCCUGUGCAAGGAGGGGGCAGCUGACACCCCAGCCGCCAUGUUUAAGAUCAGAGCUUCAAGCUCCACUCCCAGGCACAAUCCUCCAUGAGGGCUCUGAGCUCAGCCCCUGCUGGGCGGGGCACCUACAGGGAUGGAUUCUGUCCCUCCCACUUCUCCUGGGAGGCUGGCUCUCUGGGAAGGCCUUUCCCUCCAGCCCUAGGCUCCCUUCUGAUCAGGGGAGCUGCCUGUCCGAGCACCAAUCCUG